UGGCCUUGGCCUCCCUUACAAAUCCUAUCUACUGCACAUUUUCCUUUUGUCAUAUAACAUCGUUCACCAUUUUGCUUUUGCUACUGUUUAAGUUCAUGACAUGUUGGCCUAUUACGGAAUCAAACUUUUGUUGCCUUCUACUUCACUGUUUACUAGGUUAAUGCAUCACACACCCUCAGUUCCAAGGAUUUUUCAUUUUUCAUUUUUCAACAACUUUUAGUCCAAGAGAAUAAGCACUUAUUCUGUUAGCUUUCACUUUUCGCUUUUAUGAGGGGUCUCAAAGGCCUCUUUUUCACCGCUGCUCGGAACUAGAAUUGCACAAACUGGUUGUGAUUGUCCUUUGUUGCAAAAGGGUCAUCUCUGAUUUGGGGUACUUUUAACAGUGACUAUGCCUCCCUCUCACUUUCCUCUUCGUUGGGAAAGCACUGGCUCCCAAUGGUGGUAUGCAUCUCCCAUUGAUUAUGCCGCUGCAAAUGGGCUCUAUGAUUUGGUCACUGAGCUUCUCCACCUUGACACCAACCUCCUCAUCAAGCUCACGUCCCUCCGCCGCAUUCGCCGCCUUGAAGCCGUGUGGGACGAUGAGUCUAAGUUUGAGGAUGUUGCCAAGUGCCGGUCCAAGGUUGCUAGGAAUCUCAUGAUUGAGUGUGAGAUGGGAAAAGGGCACAACUCUCUCAUCCGUGCAGGCUAUGGUGGAUGGCUUCUUUACACUGCUGCUUCGGCUGGGGAUGCUGACUUUGUUCUUGAGUUGUUGGGGAGAGACCCUUUGUUGGUGUUUGGUGAAGGAGAGUAUGGUGUCACUGACAUGCUGUAUGCUGCAGCCAGGGGCAAGAACUGUGAGGUCUUUAAGCUCCUGCUUCAUUCUGCUCUGUCAAGAAAGGAGAGUCUUUCUGGCAGUGGAGCAGAAUUGGAAGAGAAGUUGGAUGAAGGGUCUAAGGUUUUCAAGAGGGAUGUGAUGAAUAGGGCCAUUCAUGCUGCUGCCAGAGGAGGGAAUUUGGAAAUACUGAAGCAGCUUCUAGCUGGUGUUUCUGUUUCUCAGAUUUUGUCUUAUAGAGAUGCCCAAGGUUCUACUCUCUUGCAUGCAGCUGCUGCAAGAGGCCAGGUUCAGGUUGUGAGAAAUCUAGUCGAAUCCUAUGAUAUUGUAAAUUCAACUGAUACUCAAGGAAAUACAGCAUUACAUAUAGCUUGUUACAGAGGUUACUUACCUGUGGUAGAGUUUCUGAUUGGAGCAUCUCCCUCAUUAGCAACUUUAAACAAUAACUAUGGAGAUACUUUUCUUCACAUGGCAGUGGUUGGUUUCAGAAGCCCUGGUUUCUGUAGACUGGACAAGCACAUUGAGCUGAUGAAGCAAUUGACAAGUGAAAACAUUGUGAGCAUGAAAGACAUCAUCAAUGUGAGGAACAAUGAAGGAAGAACAGCUCUUCAUGUUGCUGUGAUGCAUAACAUCAAAUGUGAUGUGGUGGAAUUGCUGAUGUCUGUUUCAUCAAUUGAUUUCAAUAUUCGUGACACUGAUGGCAUGACCCCUUUGGAUCAUCUUAGGCAACAAAGAUCCAGAUCAAGAUCAGCAUCUUCUGACACUUUAAUCAAACAAUUAAUUUCAGCUGGAGGGAUCUCUAAUUGUACGGACUACAUCACAAGAAAUGCUCUCGUUAACCAUCUCAGAACUCAUGGUAUUGGAGCAAGUCCUGGAACAUCAUUUAGAAUACCAGAUUCUGAGAUAUUGUUGUACACGGGCAUUGAGAAUUCAUGUGAUACCAAUUAUGAUCAGGCAAGUAUGGAAUCAAAUUCAUGGUCAAGUGAAAUAAACAAUUAUGAGUCACCCAAUUCACCAUGCAACAGCAACAAUAGUUCUGUUAAUUAUGGUGCAAGGCGUUUGAAGUUUCUGCUGCAGUGGCAUGGGAUAAGAGACACAAAAGAAGCAGCCUCGGAGUUGGAAGAUGAUGUUUCUGAGAAUUCUUUUAAUUCAAGGAACAACUUGGAGGAACUUCCCAUCCCAUUGAGGCAAAGAUACUCAAAAAUGUGUUCUCUCCCAAACAAUAAAAGAACAGUGUCUAUAAGGACUUAUCUUCCAAGUGCUUCGGACAGAAAAUAUUUUCAUGCAGGCUUAAUGCAAGGUGUGAUUAAGGUAAAGCCACAAGGCCCUUUACCUGUUCAUGCAACUUCUGGUCUUUUUCAAGAACUAUCUAUCUCUUCUCAUGCUUCUAAUAAUAAGCAAAAUGGUGUUGAUAUAAUGAGACCCUCUUGCUCCAAUGGAUCCAUGGAUGGUGGUGGAAGCCUUCAGUUGAACUAUAAGCGUGGCUCUUUCAAUAAGAAAAUGAUGAACCGGUAUUUUUCUUUUGGAGCACAUGGCCAGGCUUUGGAAGAUGCAAAUAGCUGCACAAAGUCUAAUCGAAGCUCUAAGAAUUUUAGUUCUUUAGUUGCAUAAAUGGUAAAUAGUAGUUUUUGUGAUGAUCACUUUGAAAACUUCAUGUGGAAUAUGCAAGAAUUAGAAUUAAUAAUACUGAUAAAAUUAUAUGUUUAGUGUUCAAA